AUGGAAGCUGCUGCUUUACGACUACAAAAGGAAUCAAAGGGGUAUCUUGACUCCCUGAGAGCCAUGACCGCAUCGCAAAUGCGAAUCGCCGAGACGAUAGAUGCGUUCUACGGCGACUCAGGCGCGAAAGACGGUGUCAGCAGAAGUUACAAGCAGGCCGUCGAGGAUCUAGAUGCCGAAACCAUCAAAGCCCUCGAUGGCCCCUACCGAACAACCGUUCUCGACCCCAUCACACGGUUCUGCGCCUACUUCCCCGACGUCAACGAGGCGAUUAAGAAGCGCGCUCACAAACUGCUCGACUACGACGCCCUCCGCGCAAAGGUGAAGCGCCUCGCCGAGAAGCCCGACAAGGACGCCACGAAGCUGCCCCGGACCGAGAAGGAGAUGGAGAUGGCAAAGGCUGCUUACGAGCAGCUGAACGAGCAACUCAGCACCGAGCUGCCCCAACUUAUCGAUCUCCGCGUGCCGUACCUCGACCCCACUUUCGAAGCCCUCGUCAAGAUCCAGCUGCGUUUCUGUGCAGAGGCGUAUUCGCGCAUGGCGCAAGUGCAGCAGUACCUGGAUGCUGACACCAGAGAUCAGUAUGCCGAGGGACAACUAGACGCCAGAGUGGAGCAGGUGUUGCAGGAGAUUCGGGAGUUGAGCAUCAGCGGCACGGUCUAG